AUGGAUAAUGGCAACACGGAUAAUGGCAACAUGGAUAAUGGCAACAUGGAUAAUGGCAUCAUGGAUAAUGGCAACAUGGAUAACGGCAACAUGGAAAAUGGCAACAUUGAUAAUGGCAACAUGGAUAAUGACAGCAUGGAUAAUGGCAACAUGGAUAAUGACAACAUGGAUAAUGGCAACAUGGAAAAUGGCAACAUUGAUAAUGGCAACAUGGAUAAUGACAACAUGGAUAACGGCAACAUGGAAAAUGGCAACAUUGAUAAUGGCAACAUGGAUAAUGACAACAUGGAUAAUGGCAACACGGAUAAUGACAGCAUGGAUAAUGGCAACAUGGAUAAUGACAACAUGGAAAAUGACAGCAUGGAUAAUGACGACAUGAAUAAUGGCAACAUGGAUAAUAACAACAUGUAUAAUGACAGCAUGGAUAAUAACAACAUGGAUAAUGACGACAUGGAUAAUGACGACAUGAAUAAUGGCAAAAUGGAUAAUAACAACAUGGAUAAUGACAGCAUGGAUAAUAACAACAUGGAUAAUGACAGCAUGGAUAAUAACAACAUGGAUAAUGACAACAUGGAUAAUGGCAACACGGAUAAUGACAGCAUGGAUAAUGGCAACAUGGAUAAUGACAUCAUGGAUAAUGACGACAUGAAUAAUGGCAACAUGGAUAAUAACAACAUGGAUAAUGACAGCAUGGAUAAUAACAACAUGGAUAAUGACAGCAUGGAUAAUGACGACAUGAAUAAUGGCAACAUGGAUAAUAACAACACGGAUAAUGACAGCAUGGAUAAUAACAACAUGGAUAAUGACAGCAUGGAUAAUGACGACAUGAAUAAUGGCAACAUGGAUAAUGACAACAUGGAAAAUGACAGCAUGGAUAAUGACGACAUGAAUAAUGGCAACAUGGAUAAUAACAACAUGUAUAAUGACAGCAUGGAUAAUAACAACAUGGAUAAUGACGACAUGGAUAAUGACGACAUGGAUAAUGACGACAUGAAUAAUGGCAAAAUGGAUAAUAACAACAUGGAUAAUGACAGCAUGGAUAAUAACAACAUGGAUAAUGCCAACAUGGAUAAUGGCAUCAAAACAUUUUCUUGGCUCGAAAGGAAGAAAAAAACUAAAACACUUCUGACUGCAGGAUUCAAUGACGUGAGGAAAGUCUGUACAGCCUAUACUUCAGUGGUCCUAUCAAAUUAUGAGAUAAUUUUUUUUUUGGUAAAUAAAUAUGCGCCUUAA